CCCAGCGGGCUUGGCAGCGGCGCCUCAUAAACCUCUGAGAGGAGCCCACAAUCGCGUCGCCCGCUGGAGAGCAGCCGGCCGGGGGCGCCGACGUUAUUCCGACACCCUCCGGGGUGGGUGGGUUGUGCUUUGGUGCCACCCCCCCUCUACGGUUAGAUCCGCUCAGAGAAAGUGCUUGCUUUCUGCUUCCCCCUUCCCCCCCCCGCUCCUCUUUCCUUUCCGAGACCCAUGGACCGGCCCCGGGGGCUGGCAAGUUGCUGGCUAGCGAGGAGAUCGCCGGAGCUGCUGCUUGGGCCGCCUGCAGCCAUCUCCCCAACCGACUGACGGGAGAGCGUUUGGACUGGCCUUCUUCACCUUCCGCCAGAGAUUAUGGGUGGCUAAGUCAAGCGGUGGGUUUCCGUUCCGCUGGAAACCAGGCUGCGGGUUCCCAGGGAGCAGGCGGCGGGGGACUGUGUGAGGAGGGACCGCCUCGGCGGCGAAGCACAGCCACCACCUCAUCCAGGUCGCCAGCCAGGAUGCCAUCUACACGUCGCUCAGCCGGAGACGCACGAAGAAGGCGGCUGAGGAGCCACUGAUUACUCACCCUCAACGUUUCAAUUGCGAGGAGGAGCUGCAGUUUUUGUAGAGGGGCAGGCAAGUUAGCGUGGUGCCUGCCGCGGUAGAUGCCGGAAGCGGACCUCAAAAUAACAGUAACAGCGGCCACGGCUGUAAAAAAAAGAGAGCAUAGGGGGAAAAAUACCUGCUUUGAGUUUUGUAACCUCCAUCUAGAAAUAUUUCGUCAACAACAAAUAUUGAACGUCAACGGGAUAGAGAGUUGGCAGACUUGAAUUCUGAUCGCUAGUGUAUGUAUAAAAUGUGGAUUCUUCAAGAAAGGCAUCUUGCAAUUAGCUGUAAUUAAUCAUUUUUGAACUCCUAAGCUCUGUUUUGCUAAUAUUUUUCCUCCCCAACCCUCCUUUUCAAAGUAUUCCUUACAAUAUGCCUUCUGUUUCUUUCAGUAGAAAAUGGGGCCGUUCAGUAUUUCAUUCCAGUUAAUGCAAAAGACCCAAUUACUGCAUCACUGGAAAAUCUGAGAGCUGUUUUGGUUUUGUUCUGUUUCGGGUUUUUUGCAUGCCUGCCUGCACUAGAUGUGAACCUCUCAAAGGCCAGCCCUACUGAUCCCUUGUCAAAUCCUCCUUGAGACUUUUCUUCGAAAUGAAGAAAUUUAAUUUUCACAAAGUUUUGGAUGGCUUAACUUCAUCCCCUAGUGGAAACAGCAGUGGUAGUGGUGGCAGUGGGCCCAGCAGUGGUUCUGUGCAAUCAGGAGGGACUCCCAGAGAGGAAAUCCAGGAGACUCUCACUUCAGACUAUUUUCAGUUAUGCAAGACUGUUCGCCAUGGGUUUCCAUAUCUGCCCACUGCCUUAGCUUUUGACCCAGUUCAGAAAAUUCUGGCUAUUGGGACAAGAACAGGUGCCAUUCGCAUAUUGGGCAGACCAGGUGUUGACUGUUACUGUGAACACGAAAGCGGUGCUGCAGUUCUGCAGCUUCAGUUUUUAAUUAACGAGGGUGCUUUGGUCAGUGCCAGUUCAGAUGACAUGCUUCAUUUGUGGAAUCUGCGGCAGAAACGGCCAGCAAUUCUCCAUUCUCUGAAAUUUAAUCGAGAACGGAUUACUUUCUGUCACUUACCUUUCCAAAGCAAAUGGCUUUAUGUUGGAACAGAGAGGGGAAAUACUCACAUUGUAAAUAUUGAGUCCUUCAUACUUUCUGGAUAUGUCAUCAUGUGGAACAAGGCAAUAGAACUCUCCACAAAGACUCAUCCUGGACCUGUUGUGCACCUGAGUGACAGUCCAAGAGAUGAAGGGAAACUAUUGAUGGGUUAUGAAAAUGGUACUGUAGUACUCUGGGACCUAAGAUCAAAAAGAGCUGAUUUGAGAGUAUACUACGAUGAGGCUAUUCAUUCUAUUGCGUGGCAUAAUGAAGGGAAGCAGUUCAUGUGUAGUCAUUCUGAUGGAAGUUUGACGCUGUGGAAUCUUAAAACUCCCAGCAGGCCUUUCCAGAUUAUCAUCCCACAUGGUAAAGUUCAAAGAGACGGGAAAAAAAUUGAAUCCUGUAAACCAAUCCUUAAAGUAGAAUACAAGACCUGUAAAAACAGUGAGCCUUUUAUAGUUUUUUCUGGAGGACUUUCAUAUGACAAACCUUGGCGAAGACCAAGUCUGACAAUCAUGCAUGGAAAAGCAAUCACAGUGCUUGAAAUGGAUCAUCCCAUUGUUGACUUUUUAACUCUUUGUGAAACUCCAUACCCAAAUGAAGUUCAAGAACCCUAUGCUGUAGUUAUACUAUUGGAAAAAGAUCUAAUUGUCGUUGACCUGACUCAAAGCCAUUUUCCAAUUUUUGAAAAUCCUUAUCCCAUGGACAUUCACGACUCACCAGUCACCUGCACAGACUAUUUUGCUGACUGUCCACCAGACUUGAUUCCUGUACUGUAUUCUGUAGGCGCUAAACAUAAGAAGCAAGGAUACAGCAAUAAGGAGUGGCCUAUCAACGGUGGAGCAUGGAACCUAGGAGCACAGACAUAUCCUGAAAUUAUCAUUACGGGUCAUGCAGAUGGAUCUGUAAAAUUUUGGGAUGCUUCUGCCAUUACACUGCAGAAAGUGUAUAAAUUGAAAACUUCAAAGGUGUUUGAGAAACACAAGGUGGAGGGAAAACCAGCAGGAGAAAUUGUAGAAGAGGAUCCUUUUGCUGUCCAGUUGAUGUACUGGUGUCCUGAAAGCAGAAUAUUUUGUGUAGCAGGAGUCUCUGCAUAUGUUAUUGUUUACAGAUUCAGCAAACAUGAAGUUAAUACUGAAAUAUCAUCUUUAGAGGUGCAACUUCAGAGUGAGAUAGACGACACCAUUAGUCCCGAGGCAGAUAUGAUUCCUCCAUUUCCAAAUGCCUCCUCACACCUUUCAUCUUUAAAAGAUCUCUCAGGCAGUACAAACACCGUGGCAUCUGAAGGAACAGUGAAGGACAGUAUCCCGUUUCUCAGCGUUAAGACUCGUGCUGUAAGGAUGCCUCCUGGUUACCAAGCACAGCUUGUUAUUCAGUUGGUGUGGGCAGAUGGUGAGCCUCCUCAGCAAAUAACCAGCCUAGCAGCAAACUCAGCAUAUGGACUAGUUGCAUUUGGAAACUGCAAUGGUUUGGCUGUUGUGGAUUUUAUACAGAAGACUACCCUGCUGAGCAUGGGAAGCUUUGAACUUUACGGAUCAAGUGACUUAUAUCAACGGCAGCCUCGCUCUCCUCGCAGAAGCAAACAGUUUGCUGCAGACAACUUUUGCAUGCGUGGCCUAUCUAACUUUUAUCCCGAUUUAACGAAACGGAUCCGUACUUCCUAUCAGAGUCUUACUGAACUGUCAGAUGGUCCAGUUUCGCUGGAGCUGGAGCGGUGCAAAUCCCCCACAACCUCAGAUCCUGUAAAUGGACACUGUACAAGUCCAACAUCCCAAAGUUGUGGCUCUGGGAAACGUCUAUCCAGUGCAGAUAUUUCAAAAAUCAAUCGCUGGGGUCCUGGAAAACCUCCAUUUAGGAAAGCACAAUCUGCUGCCUGCAUGGAAAUUUCUUUGCCAGUCACAACAGAAGAUAACAGGGAAAACUCCAUGAGUCAUUCUCGAAGCUCUAGUGUCUCCAGUAUUGAUAAGGAAUCCAAAGAAGCCAUUACAGCUUUAUAUUUCACAGAAUCAUUUGCACGGAAAAAUGACACCACAAUCUCUCCUUGCCUUUGGGUCGGUACAGGCCUGGGUGUGGUCUUAACUGUAUCCCUUAAUCUGCCCACUGCGGAUGAAGUGAGGCAGACUGAGCCUGGAAUGGCUUCUCCAAGUGGUACCGUUCUGUCACUGAAGGGAGCCGUGUUAAGGUUUGCUUGUUUGGAUUGCAUGGGGACCUUGAUCCGUCCGCCCUAUGAAGCAUGGAGAGAUCCAAACAGCACAGAUGAAAGUGAAAGAAACAAGAAGAGGAAACUUGUCCUGCAUUCUUCAAGCUCCCAGGAUAUGGGAGACCACCAGUUUGCCGUUAUCUGCUCAGAGAAGCAAGCCAAAGUAUUUUCACUGCCUUCCCAGAUCUGUCUCUAUGUUCACAAUAUCACAGACACAUCUUUUCUGUUGCGAGCAGACGUGGUGACCCUGUGUAACAGUGUUUGCCUGGCAACCUUGUCUGCUAGUGGGAGUAUCCUGAUACUGAGUUUACCCAGCCUACGGCCAUUGCUCGAUGUUAACUAUUUACCUGUAACAGACAUGAGGAUUGCCAGGACCUUUUGUUUUACCAAUCAAGGACAAGCCUUGUAUCUUGGUUCUCCUACAGAAAUCCAGCGAUUGAACUACAGCCAGGAAAUGUUUGACAAUCUUCAGGAUAUGCUUGGGGAGUUGUUCACUCCUGUGGAAACCCCUGAGGCUCAAUACAGAGGCUUCCUGAAGGGUCUCUUUGGUGGAACGGGUGGAACCCUCGACAGGGAAGAGCUCUUUGGUGAGGCUACAGCAGGAAAAGCUUCUCGCAGCUUGGCUCAGCACAUUCCUGGAUCAGGUGGCGUUGAAGCGGUGAAAGGAGCUGCAGGAGGUGCCAUUGGAGACCUGGCUCGUGCCCGUCUUGCUCUUGACGAAAGGGGACAGAAACUUGGAGAACUAGAUGAACGGACCGCAAGAAUGAUGGCGAGUGCAGAAGCUUUCUCCAAACAUGCGCAUGAGGUAAUGCUGAAAUACAAGGACAAAAAAUGGUAUCAAUUUUGACUUUCAAUCAUAAAGCUGCAUCUCAGUGUACCAAGGACAGAAGGAAAAGGCCUUACUCUUCAAAUUCAGUCACAGGGCAGAAGCAGCUUCCCCUCCUUGGUGGACCUUUCCUGUUUCAGCAAACCAGAUGGUCAAGCGAGAAGGUUUUCUGGCACCCAUGUGCGGUGGAACUGCGCAGUCAGUCUACACUGAGAGUCCCUUCCAAAUGAACAGUCAUAUUUAACAGGUAAUUUCACCGGCUUUAGGAAUGAACUCUGGGGAAGGCUCUUCACGGUUUAAAAUAUAAUGUACAAAUUAGAUUGUUAAUGCAUUUAAACUGAUCAAAACUUUGCAUGACUAAUUGACUUCUUAUACAACAAAGACAAAAGCAAAGCAUGCUGUGACUGAGGAAAGGGAUUUAUUUUUAAGUUCCACAAAGAAAUAAACAGGAAAACUCUUGCUUUUUUUAAAAAAAAGAAGUUGGUACAUUUGAAGCAUGUUGCUCUUAACAGAUGAGCUGCAUUUCACACACUUGACAUUCCUUUUCUGUAGACAAUCUUAGUCUGAAUACACUCGUGCAUUUCAUUAGUAGAAAAUAAAGUAAUUAAAUUUCUGUGGCCACAUCAUGAAGCUUUCUUUAUGUGAUAUUCUUGCAGCAAUUAGGAGAAGGUCAAGUUGUUCAAGGGUGGCGAACCUCAUGGUUUUGGGGGCCACAGUCCAGCCAAAGGCAAAGUAGGCGGGACCUAUAACAAGGGCAAAGCUCUGAGGUAUCAUCUAGUGUGAUAAUCAAAUUAUAUAAUGUAAAUUUAAUAUUUAUAAUGAUAAAAGAGAAACACACACACACACACACAUAUGUGUGUGAGAAGUAAGAACUAACUUGCACAGAAAGAAGCAAUUUUAGAACAUCCCAAGCGAUUUCAGACUAGCUGAAAAGACAGCUAAAUCCAAGGAUUCCAAAACACUCUUUUAGGGGGGGAAAAAACCACUACUACCAUCCAGGAAGCAGCAUGCUAAAAGAUUAUCACAACUCUUUUUUUGCAUUUUUACUUAGAAGUAAAUAGAACUUUCACAAGCACCACAGACUUUUUUUGUUAAAUUAUAUAAAGCAGUUGACAAAUUCAUCUGACUUCCCCUCCACAAGUGAAAUCUCAGGUUCUUCCCAGUGCUGUUUCAUUGUGACGCUAUAUGGGGCACCUGCUGCAGCAGGACAAAGCCAGUAGCUGCUCCCAAUUAGUGUUUAAAGUACGGUGAUGAGCACUGGAAACAGAGACUGGAUAAAACAUGGGAAAUGCUCGGGUUUGGAUUGUUUGAUCCAAAAAUGGUAGGAAGGUCAAGAAAGAAAGAGGUCAGUGAAAGCUGGAACAUAGAGGAGACAUGCCUACCACAUCCAAGCAACAUUAACAUGUGUUGAAAAGAGGAGUAGGAAAAAAUGAGAUAAAAAAUCAGAGGUGAGGAGUGGCAGGGCAUGUUCUCAGCUGAGAAAUGCUCACAGACCUGAGUGCUGAACCUUUUUGGCCAAGACAGAGAGCACUGUAAAUGAAAGGGGGUGUUUCCAGCCAAGAAUGCACAGAUGAGAUGAGCAGACCUCAUGGCCUCCAUUAGACCCAACAGGUCUAAUGGAUGAAGUUGCUGUCAGGAAUGGAUAUGGGGCACUGAAGCAGUUGUGUUCCUUUUAAAAGGAAUUUUAAAAUGGUAGUAAUUUUAAUAGGAAUGCCAUUUAAUGUAACAGUUAAUGUCAGUUGCCAGUUUUUUUGAGCCCCCACCCCAAACAUUGGGAGGCCCCUGAAGAGAGUUUGGGGCUGGCACUUAAUAGGAUAACACAGUGUAAGCACCAGGGGAA